UGUGAUAUUUACAUACAAAAUAUACAUAUGUACAUGUUUCUAAAAUUUUUAACAUAAUUUUUAAUAUUUUAAUUUUAUAUACGUAUUUUUAUAUUACAAUGUUUUAAAUUUCUGUUAUAUUUAUUUAAUUGACAACGUUUUCAUUCGAGUUAAGUAAAAACAUCGAAAAAAUAAAGAUCUUAAAUGGAUGUCUGGAUGCAGGAUGUGGUAUCUGCGAUGACUGAUUCCUCAGUACAUCUUGUUAAACAAGAACUAAUAAUUGACACAUCAUGUGGUAGCCCAACCCCAUCAGUUGGAAAUGCUUUAGGAAGCAUGAAUUACACAUCACAGGCUUCACCAGGUUCCCCAGAGAGACAAUUUUGUAGCUCAACUACUACUCCUCUUGGUGACAUUUGCGGUGAUUCUAGUAGUAUGCAUUCUAUUAAAGAAGAACUUCCGAGGAGAUUGUGUUUAGUUUGUGGUGAUAACGCAUCUGGAUUUCAUUAUGGAGUUGCCAGUUGUGAAGCUUGUAAAGCAUUUUUCAAAAGAACGAUUCAAGGAAACAUUGAAUAUACUUGUCCUGCCAAUAAUGAAUGUGAAAUAAACAAAAGACGUAGAAAAGCAUGCCAAGCUUGCCGUUUUCAAAAAUGUCUUAUGAUGGGUAUGUUAAAAGAAGGUGUGAGAUUAGACAGAGUUCGCGGUGGACGACAAAAAUACAGACGUAAUCCAGUUUCAAAUCCAUAUCAAAUGCAAGCAUUAUACCAAACAGCUACUUCAACAUUAGAUGAUAUUAAAAUUUUAGAAGUUUUAUCAAAUUUCGAACCAGAUCCAUGCUAUGUUGGUCAUUUUGAUAAUGAUGAUUUUUUAAGUAAUAGCAAUGAUAAAUCAACAUCUUCAUCACAAGCAACUACAACAACUACCACUUCGUCAUCUUUAUCUAGCAGUAUAUUUGAUAAAGAUAAAAAUUGCAUGGAUGUUCAUGAGAUUUUAAGCAUUUUAAGUAAUCUUUAUGAUUGUGAAUUAGUCAAUGUCAUUGGUUGGGCAAAACAAAUACCGGGUUUCACAGAAUUACCUCUUAACGAUCAAAUGAAAUUAUUACAAGUAUCUUGGGCUGAGAUAUUAACAUUACAAUUAGCAUAUCGUUCCUUACCAUAUAAUGGUAAAUUGUUUUUUGCAUCAGAUUUUUGUUUAGAUGAACGAUCUGCAAAAGAAUGUGGAGCUAUCGAAUUUUUUCACCAUUGUGUACAAAUAACACAGCGAUUAGAAAGGCUGUCACCUAGUAAGGAAGAAUAUUAUUUACUGAAAGCUUUAGUGUUAUCCAAUUGUGAUAUUCGUUUGGAUGAUCAAUUACUUUUAAAAAAAUUUAGAGACACUAUAUUAAGUGCAUUCAAUGAUUGCGUUUAUUUAUUAAGACAUACCGCAGCUGUGUCAUAUCAACAGCAAUUGUUACUAAUAUUACCUUCGUUAAGACAAGCCGACAAUAUUAUAAGAAAAUUUUGGCUAAAAGUCUCACGUGAAGAGAAUGUAGUAAUGAAAAAACUUUUUGUUGAAAUGUUAGAAAGUGUAUCAAGAUAAGCUAAAAUUCUUUUAUUUUUUUUAUAUAAGUGAAUAUACUUUUAUAACUAUAUGCUAUAUGAUAUAUUAAUAAAAUAUGUUAUACUAAUUGUUUGCAAAACAUCAAAAUGAAAUUUAGUUACCAUUUUUUUAAUUUUUAAUUUGCAUUAGCAUGUUUAUGUAUACACUACACAUAAAAAUGUUUUGAAAAGUUAUAUAUACAUAUUAUGAUAUAUAAUUAAAUUUUUUAGUUUUGAAGUCGUAUUAAGUUUCUUAAAACAAUUAAAUUGUACUAAAUAUUAUAUAAAAAAAAAUAUAUGAAUGUAUUAUUUAUGGAGCAAUCAGUGCGUUUUAGAAAUAAAAAAAAACAUUAUUUUUUAGAUUCAUAAAAAGUUUACCAAAUUGUUCUAGCAAGAGUAUAAUCAAAAUAUUGAAACAAGUAUAUUACUUAAUCUAUGUACUCAAAAUAAUUUAUCUGGAUUGAAAAUAUUAAUUUGUUUAAAAUUGUGUUACUGAUAUACAAAAAUAUCGUAAAUAGUAACCUUCUACGUUUUUUAUAUACUGGAAAAGAGUUUUUAAAAAAUUUUUAUAAUUUAAUGUUGUACUUAUUUUGAUUGUAAAGACAUUUUAAUUAAUAAACAAAAAAAAAGUGUACAUAACACCUUUGAAAUCGAUGUAUUUAUAUUUAGAGUUAAUUAAAAAGCAUUAAACACAAUAAGUUAAAAAGUAAAUAAUUAUCAGAAAAUAUAAUUUUGAAAAAAAAAUUGCUAAAAUAAUAAAAACCGAUUUUUCA